CCAAUCAGCGUCCGGUCGCGGAUUCAGUCUGACUUCAUCACUGCGCGCCCGUCUCCUAGGUGAUCAGUAGUGGAGUAGAAUGGCGACCAAGCUGGAGGAGCUCAACGUGACCUCGGAGGAGCUGCAGCGCUUCAAGGCCGCCUUCCAGGACGCCCGGUUCCGUGAGCUCUUCACCCAGUAUGCUGAGGAGAUCAGCGACCCCGAGAACCGGCGCCGGUACGAGCAGGAGAUCACCGAGAUGGAGCGGGAGAGAGGGAUGGACGUGCAGUUUAUCAAUCCGCAGCCCGGCCAUGUGCUGCGCACCAGUGUGAACGGGGAGCAGACGUGCUAUCUGAACGUGUGUAGUAAUCCUCUGGUCACCAAACCGCACUGUGUGCCCGGUACCGACAAGGACGGGCGGCCUGGACAGCACUGGAGCCUCCCCUGCACCCUGACCCCACCCAGAGAGGAGCUCAGCUCCGGGGGCAGUAAGGAGGUCAUCUACGAUGUGGUCUUCCACCCGGACACCUUGCACUUGGCCUGCAGGAAUGACAAGUUCCUCUCCAUGGUGGACCUCACCGCGCUCAGCACCGUGUCCCAGCAAUUCAGUGUGGAACUGGACACCAGGAACGUGACAACGCUGAGCGAGAAGUAUAAGGGGGUCCCGCAAGCUACCGUCAUCCGCAAACCCCGUCCUGGGGUGACCCCUAAACCACAGGACCCCACCGACCCUCUCCGUUUCCCGUAUCCCUACAGCGAGCCUGGAGAACAAAAGAGCGUGAAACAUGGCCACCACCAGCCCACCAGGGCCCAUGGCGAUUGUAAAGCGCAAUGUCAGGAGCCCACCGUGCCACACUACACCAUCCGACACCGCUCCUACGUGGACAUCCAGGACUACCGCAAUGCCAGGGACUCUGCCCCCAGCCCGGUGCCCAAAGAGCUGGUUAUCACAGUAGACAUGCCCUUACUGGGGUCCGCGUCUGACGUCAACCUUCACAUCGAAGGGAAGGAACUGAGCCUUGAAUCCCAUAGACCGGCCUAUAAAUUGCAGCUGAAGCUCCCGUACUUGGUGGAGGACAAGCACGGCACGGCCCAGUUCAAUAAGACAAUGAGGCAGCUGGUGAUCACGGUGCCGGUGGUGCAGCCGGAUCCUGUGUCGAUGGUACAGCGGGAUCCUAUGCCGGAAGAAAACACAGAGACGACCACGGAUGACGACCCCCAAAACUCCAAGCCCCAGGACCCCCCCGAAUGCCCCAUAUUCACCUGCUCCCAGGAUGCCACCUCAUUGACCCUGAUCAUCCACGUGAAGGACAUAGAUGAGCACAGCAUAACGUCUGAGGUCAGCAGCUACCAGUGCGAGAUCCGCUUUGGCGUGAAGAACACCGGCGCCCCCUACGUUUUAUUUGUGGAGUUCCUGCCGCAGUAUAACCUCAACACGAACGACAUCGCCGUCAACGUGUCUGAGGACAACAUGGUCAUCGAGCUCACCAAAUCCUCUGAGUGCUUCGGGCUGUGGAAGAAUCUCUACUUUGGCGUGAACAGCAAUUCGCUGCAGGAAAGAAGGUUUAUCAAUGAGGAGAAUGUUGCAGACUUCUUAGAGAAUGGUUUACGCCAUUCUACUAUUCCAUGGUCCACUCUGGAGGAUCAGCCGCUGAUAAAUGUGCUGGACAUAACAGACAGAAGAACCCAGAUCCGGCUCAAUAAACCUGAACUGGAAGAGGAACCUUAUCCGACCUCUGGAGCACAAAUUUCAGACAUGAGGGAGGUAAUGGAGCAGCUGAGCUGUCAGUCGGACAACACAGGCCUAUCUGAUGCCGGGGAAGCAGCCGAGGAGAGACGAAGCCCACACCUGGCAGUCCCAUGUCACACCUCACCUGCUGCACACACUCCUGCCCAGACGCUGGGGGCAGAUGACUCUGCAGAGAAGGAUGAGGGUCUCUGCUUUAAGGAGAUUACCCCCGCCACAGAACUUGAUGAAGAUGAUCUGCCGCAGAGUGAGGGGCACACCCCGAGCACUGCGCCCCACCCUGCCAGCACAGAGCAGGUCCUAAAAGAAGUCAACCCCUCAGAUGGCUCUGUCCAGGUCCUCUCCGACCACAGUACCCGAUGUGCCUUCAAGUUUGAGAAUGCCCUGUUGUUUGAGCUGGAUUGAUGUGUGGAGUUUAGUAGCACAAUGUUGUAUGUGUUGUGUUCUGUAGGUAGAGAUGUUUUUGUACGUUCUGUCACUUCUUACAGGUUGAGUUUGAUUUUUUUCUGUUUUGUAUAUUAAAACUAACCUAUCAUAUGUAUACAAUGGAAGCAGUCGGUACUGUCGUGUGAAAGCACAGGAUUUGGUGAAGGUCCGGGUGCUUAUAUCCUAAUAAUCGCUUGAACAGUCUUUCACCAACUGGGGUGCCUCCAGCUGUUGCAAAACAACUCCCAGCAUGUGGCUGUCUUGGCAUGCAGGGAGUUGUAGUUUUGCAAUAGCUGGAGGCGGCCUGGGAAACACUGCAGGAAUGAAGGAGCUAUACAACAAGAGAGCCGGUGUUGUGACAUAUAUACAACAAGAGAGCCGGUGUUGUGACAUAUAUACAACAAGAGAGCCGGUGUUGGGACAUAUAUACAACUAGAGAGCCGGUGUCGGGACAUAUAUACAACUAGAGAGCCGGUGUCGGGACAUAUAUACAGCUAGAGAGCCGGUGUCGUGACAUAUAUACAGCUAGAGAGCCGGUGUCGUGACAUAUAUACAGCUAGAGAGCCGGUGUCGUGACAUAUAUACAGCUAGAGAGCCGGUGUCGUGACAUAUAUACAGCUACAGAGCCGGUGUCGUGACAUAUAUACAGCUACAGAGCCGGUGUCGUGACAUAUAUACAGCUAGAGAGCCGGUGUCGUGACAUAUAUACAACUACAGAGCCAUUGUCGUGACAUAAAUACAGCUACAGAGCCGGUGUCGUGACAUAUAUACAGCUAGAUAGUCGGUGUCGUGACAUAAAUACAGCUAGGAUCUCUCUGUGUUAGUGCUCUGGAGAAUCUCUUCCUUCUCGUGAUCAGCAGGGCGAUCACCCAGAUCCCUAUGAAUAACUAUUUUCUCCUAUGUGAGAGCUUUGGGAUUUUGCACGAUUUCUUUGGAGGAACAUUGUAUGUCAGGGUACUGUUAAACAUGCAGAUUUUUACUACCAAUUGAGGUCAGUGGGCAGCAAAAUCUAAGGGAACAUUCACAAAUGCGUAUUUUUGCUGCCCAUUGACUUCAAUGGGCAGCAUAAUCUACUGAAGCAAAUCUGCAGCAGAAAAUAUGCACGUGUAAAUGUACC